CCAUUUUCCUUGACUUGAAGACUUGAGGAUGCUCUUGUUGACAAAAAUUUUGGUUCCUGGAUUUGCUGGAUCUAGCAUGGCAACUUGUAUAUAGAUAUCCAAGUGACCGAAAAUUUAGAUAGAUGUGUAUGUGGAAUGGUAAUUGUGGUGAUUAGGCAAGGUAAUUGGAGCUUGUUAAAGCUGUUUCAUGGCUUCACCGCUUUUGCAGUGGAUCAAGUGUCACUUUAUUUUCUCAUGUUGUUGUGAUGUUAACCUUUCUAUUUGUGGGAUGGGAAGACAAGAAAUUAGGCAGUUGGGAGCAGCUGGAAACGUUUUAUUUGGGACGAAUGCAAAUCACCUUAUCGGAAGUCGAAACUUGAGACUGGAGCAAUUAUAAGCCAUGAUGUAGGAUUUAGGCUUAGCGUACGAACUCAUCUUUCCACUCUUCUUUGUGCAUCCUUUGUCCAAGAGAAUACCAUGUUUGCACCUCAAAUUAGGAUUUCAGACGGCAAGAACGAAAUCAAUCUAUAAGACCCGUUGAGCGAGAACCACCAAAUUACACAAAAGGAAUAUUGUAAGUCCAAAGAAGAACGAGUUCAACAAUGCAGAGGGGAGGUGGCGAUCCAGAAACAGGCGAUGCCAGAGGCCAAGGAGCAGCUAAAAAGUCUAAAGAACCGAUAGAAAAUGUGCGAGAAAUUCACCAGAAAGCGCUAGACGACCUUGUGAACGUGAAUUCGCUCUUCACGCUAGCCGUCUUCGUGGGUUUAUCCCUGGCACGUCAAGGCGAGCGUAGCCUUGAGAAUCGCACUGAAUGCGACGCUGGUGCCAACAACGCGAAGCGGCUUGUCGUAAACGAAGUGGCGUCGUUUGCUUGCUUCCUCUUAUCAAGCCUGGUAGCCAAGGCACUUAAAAUCCAUGUCACCAUCUGCCAAGAAGAAGACUUCAAGCAUACCCGUAACCAGGUUGUCAGGGGAUGCAUGCUGUUGUUAUCGGUGUGGGCUUCGGUUUUCGGAUGCAUAUUCCUAACCAUUUCGAUGGUCGAUGUGAUCCAAAUCAAGGUCGGGAAGCUUUCUUGUGGGAGUGUUUAUGCAUGGAGGGCUACGGGAGCUCUGAUUGCCAUUGUGCUUCUUGCUCUAUCUAUUUAUGUCCCCUUCAUGAUGAAUGCAAUAUUUACUUCCGUCAAGAAUGUUGAACGAAAAGUAUGCACCAAUAAACAAUGAUGAUGAUCAUGUUGAAGAUGUAGUACUACAUUUACAGAUAUUAUUUCCAGUUUCUUGAAUAAGGGUCAAUUAUUGUUAUUAUGUCAUUGAAGUACUGCAGUGAUGUUAAUUGUUUUCAGCUUGAGAAAUUUUCUUGUGUUUAAUUUGUAUGGAUAAUUUCAUUACUCAAAUGUUGAUAACGAAUUA